AGCUACACUGAGACUGGACCCACUUGCAGUGCAAAGACCACAAGCAAGAAGACUCCGAAGCCGGGAGUAGAAGUACCAACAUUUUUGAUUCUGGAGCUUAGAGAGAAACAAAGACAAACGAGAACGGACUUUCUGCUGGAGCUCCGACAACAACCAAUUUGUCCCUUCGCUAUACGCCGCUUCCUUCUUCUUGGAUAGGCUAUAGCAGCUAAACAAAGUUGGUAGUAAACUCUUUGGAGUUUGGUUAGAGUCGCAUUCAAUUUUUCUUUGCUUGUGAGAGUGGACUGCACUGAAACUUGGGAUCGAUCCCCGCUCUGGGGUUCGAGUGUUUGGACCUGGCGCAUCCUUUCGGCGGUCUCCACAGAACUGCGAAAGUUUUUGGCCAGGAGCGCAGAUCUCAAGACUUUGAGGUCUAGUCAGACUUUUUCGAGAGACGAACUCAGCAGCUGCUGCCAGAUCCGAACCGAGACGACUGGACCGGACCGGUUAGAGAGCCGCUGAUAAAGACUUCAAAGAAGAAUUUUCGAGAUCCCUCUCUGAGAUAACAAAUAGUCUGAUGCAUUAAAGCAAAGCUAAUCUUCAGAAGGGUUUGCGAAGAUAAUCAAGAGAUCUGAAUCAAGUGCAGUAACUUGCAACAAAGAAAUCGAAGAAUCAACAAAGUUAAACCCAGAUUUCACCAAUACCAAACCUAAGCCGACCCAAUGGCGUGGUCAGCUCUCACCGGCCCCUGCGUGGCCCUAAUCCUGCUCUUCUUCGGUUUGACCUCCUGCACUCCCUCUGGACCGGCCUCUGCAACCUGUGCCACCUUGGAGCAGAGUCGCUUCUUUGGCGUGUUCUCCUCUACGACCACCCUGCCUUCCGCUCCUUGCUCCUGGACCCUGCAAAACCCCGAUCCACGCCGCUACAAUGUCUACAUGAAAAUCACCAAGCCCACCGACUCCUGCGUGCCCCGCCAGAUCAAGACCUUCCAGUUCGACUCCUUCAUCGAGACUUCUCGCACCUACCUGGGUAUGGAGAGCUUCGACGAGGUUGUCAGGCUUUGUGACGCUUCCACUGCCGUCACCUACCUGGAGUCAAGCAAGCAAUUCCUGCAGAUCCGCAAGGUGGCCGCAAGGAACACGCUGGAGGUUGUUGGGCAAGAGCAAGGUGUCAGCGAGUUCAAGGCAGAGUUUCUGGUUGUGGGAAAGAGGAACCCAAGCAUGCCCGCCUGCCAGAUGCUGUGCCAGUGGUUGGAGAAGUGCCUGAACAGCAGCACCCAUGAUUAUCCCUGUGGCAUAAUGAACACCCCCUGCCAGUGCUGGGAGGCCCCAAAGAGGAAGCCAGGAAGCUGCUACCGGGGCGGCGUCUACGUGGAAAAAUGCACUCCUGUUCCCAAAGACAACGGACGUGAUGCUGAGAUUAUCAAGAGCUGGGCAGGCUGGGGCCGCUGGUCCGUAUGCAGCCAGGAGUGUGGCGGCGGAGUCCAGGUGCGCAGCCGAACCUGCCAGCCCGAGGAUGGAGUGUGUGAAGGAACAGUGGAGGAAGGCCGUGCCUGCAACCCUCAGCUCUGCAUUGGCAAAGAGAGGAACAGAAGCCAAGGUUUGCGUGCCAUUAUUGGUCUGAAAAGAGACAACCCUGAUGAGUCCAACCCAGGAGCUGUAGCAACUCAAACAGAUGCAAAGACAGAUGAGUGGGCCACUUGGAGCCCAUGCUCAGUCACCUGUGGGGAGGGCUGGCAGAGCCGUUCCCGCCUCUGUGCCACUUCUUCCUUCACCACCCAGUGCACCGGAGCCCUGCGUGAGAACCGACCAUGCAACAACUCAGUUGUCUGCCCUGUGAAUGGUGCUUGGGAUGAGUGGACCCCCUGGAGCCUGUGUUCCUCCACAUGUGGCCGCGGUUACCGUGACCGAACCCGCACCUGCAAGCAGCCCCAGAAUGGAGGACAGCCUUGCCGCGGCCCCACAAGACAAACCAAGUUCUGCAACAUCGCUGUCUGCCCAGUGGACGGAUCCUGGAAUGAGUGGUCCGCCUGGAGUUCCUGCUCUGCCUCUUGUUCCAAUGGCACCAUGCAGAGAACCAGGGAGUGCAACGGGCCAUCUUAUGGCGGCUCAGAGUGCCAUGGAGGCUGGAAAGAGACAGCAAACUGUUUCCUGAAGGAUUGCCCCGUUAAUGGAACCUGGCAUCCAUGGAGCUCAUGGGGAAGCUGCAGCAAGACCUGUGGUGGAGGGAUCCAGCAGAGACAGAGAGUCUGUGAGGGGCCUUUCUUUGGAGGAGAGCCUUGCCCCGGUGACACCAGAGAGCAGAAGCGCUGCAAUGAGAAGAGAUGCCCUGAGCCCCAUGAGAUCUGUCCUGAGCAGAACACCGGAGACAUUGUUUGGAAGAAAACCCCCGCUGGAGAUGUCGCUGUUGUUUCCUGCCCUGCUGAUGCAUCAGGUCUUAUUCUGCGUCGCUGCACCCUUGCUGAUGGACGUCUUGCUUCUUGGGAGAACCCCACUUACACCCAAUGUGUUUCUAAGAACUACGAGAACAUUCAGAUGCUGUCAAGGGACUACACCUCCAAAGCGCAGAUCGGGCAAAGCGUUGAUGGCGUUGCUGAGGUGAUUUCCCGCUUGAGAUUUUCCUCUGAUGAAAAAGCCAAGUACAGUGGUGACCUUUUGGCCAUAAUGGAGAUCCUGAAGAACACCACAGAGUUGUACAAGGCAACCAGACUGAGGCUGAGCAGCGCUGACAUUGAGAACUACGUCCAGACCAUCAGCAACCUACUGAAGGAGGAACAUCAUGACAAAUGGGAAGAGGCACAACUGAUGGGUGCCAAUAUCAAGGGGUUCCUACGCCUUGUUGAGGAGUUUGUGAACAUGAUCGGAGUACAAAUGAGCGGCUUUCAGGACAUUUACGAAGUCACUGAGAAUUUAGUGCUGAACAUCCACAAGCGCCCAACAACCACAAGCUCCAACUUCACCUUCCCUGUGAAGGGCUGGAGAGGGCGACCGGACUGGGUCAGUACCUCAGAGGAGAAGAUCUCAGUUUCCCGCGAUGCUCUGUCCCUCAAAUCCGCUGAUGCCAAUGAUGCUUUUGUGACCGGCAUUGUCUUGUACAGAAACCUUUCUUCAAUGAUGUCCUUCCAGAGCAACACCACCCUGUUCAACUCCAAGGUGGUGACCGUGAUUGUCAGCCCCACCCCGACUCUCCUGUCAACCCCUGUCGAGAUCGAGUUCCCCCACCUGCGCAACGACACUAUCAAUGAAACAUGCCUUUCAUGGGAUGAGAGUGAAACCUCCUCUCUUCUUGGCUCGUGGUCUGCUCGGAGCUGCAGAGCGGUGCCCGUUCAUUCACACAGAACCAAAUGCGUGUGUGACAGCCUCUCCACCUUCGCCAUUUUAGCGCGCGUCAACUCCGACUCGAACAUGGAUAGAGCAAACCUCCCGUCCGUUACCCUCAUCGUCGGCUGUGGGGUCUCUUCCCUCACCUUGCUGCUCCUCAUCAUCAUCUAUGUCUCGGUUUGGAAGUACAUUCGCUCAGAACGCUCUGUUAUCCUCAUCAACUUCUGCCUCUCCAUUAUCUGCUCCAAUGCCCUCAUUCUCGUCGGACAAACCCAGGCUCGCAACAAGGUGAUGUGCACUCUUGUUGCUGCCCUGCUCCACUUCUUUUUCCUCUCCUCUUUCUGCUGGGUCCUGACAGAAGCUUGGCAGUCCUACAUGGCUGUCACUGGUCGUCUGCGCAACCGCAUCAUCCGCAAGCGCUUCCUGUGCUUAGGCUGGGGACUUCCUGCUCUGGUAGUUGCUGUGUCCGUGGGUUUCACUAAAGCUAAGGGAUAUGGCACCGUCAGCUACUGCUGGUUGUCUCUUGAGGGUGGACUUCUCUACUCUUUUGUUGGUCCCGCUGCUGCUGUUGUUUUGGUGAAUAUGGUCAUUGGUAUUCUAGUCUUUAACAAGCUUGUUUCCAAGGACGGCAUCACCGACGUGAAACUGAAGGAGAGAGCUGGGGCCUCACUGUGGAGCUCUUGCGUGGUUCUCCCCCUCCUUGCCCUCACCUGGAUGUCUGCCGUCCUGGCCAUCACCGACCGUCGCUCCGCCCUUUUCCAGAUCCUCUUUGCCGUUUUCGACUCUUUAGAGGGUUUCAUCAUUGUCAUGGUCCACUGCAUCCUGCGUAGAGAGGUUCAGGAGGCUGUGAAGUGCAGAGUAGUUGACCGCAAAGACGAUGGGAAUGGAGACUCUGGCAGUUCUCAUCACAAUGGCCAUCCUCAGCACAUGCAGUCUGAUAAUGAAAAGGAUGGGGACUCAAACAGACAAGGCAUGAAGAGCUCUUCUGAAGAAAAGAUGCCUCCCCCUCAGAUGCCACUUCCCAUGGGCUCCAACUUCCACACCCUACCAUCCAAGGGCAGCCACAUGCAGGCCGUUCCUGAGUACUCCAGCCACACGCUCACCCUGAAGAGAGAGAAAAGCCGGUUGGCCGGUGGAGUCGACCCAUCCUGCGGGAACCCCGUCUAUGUCUGCGAGGGGGAGCUCUUCAAGCAGCUGGACGCGGACCUUGCUCUGGCUCAGGCCGAGGGCAGCAUGUCCGACGGCAGCGGCUACGUCCUGAUGCCCAACACUACAUCCACCCUGAGGUCCAAGCCCAAAGACGACCCCACAAAGUACAACAUCAGCGUGGACCAGUUGCCACAGGCCAGGCUUAUGCACCUCGGCGGACCCUUCGCUGAACCCCAGGCCGCCUUCGUGAUGGGCUCGAUCCCGCCCGACCAGGUCAGCGUGUCCUACUCGGAGAGGGACUCACCCAUCCAGAACAUCCACAACAUGUCCAGCGAGUCGCACAUCACCCACAGUAGCCUGGAGAACACCUUCGAGUCCAUGAACUCAAUGAUGUCGAAGAGCGAGACCAUUUCCACUCUGUCCAUGAGCUCCCUGGAGCGACAGAAAUCCCGUUAUGCAGAGCUGGACUUUGAGAAAAUCAUGCACACCAAGAAGCGCCACCAGAACAUGUUCCAGGACCUGAACAGGAAGUUGCAUCACACUGAGAAAGACAGAGAGUCUCCUCCAUCUGACAGCAAGUCUGUGAGAUGGAGUGUGUCUUCGGGAGGAAGUGACAAAACAAACCACAGCGACAAACAGCAGGCUGCAAUGGAGAGGUCGUGGGAAGGAGUCCGGGGAAUUCCUCAGUCGCCCCCUGCAUGGGUACGCAAAGACAUGGAGCCUCUCGCCGCCUCACCUCUGGAGCUUCACUCUGUGGAGUGGGAGAAGACGAGCACCACCAUCCCACUGGUGGGGCAGGACAUUAUUGACCUGCAAACAGAGGUCUGA